AUGUCCGAACCGCACAAUAACAACUCUGACGAGGUCAUCAUCGAGCCCUCCAACGCCUCUCAGCACACGCACACCAUCAUCUUCCUCCACGGUCGCGACAGCCUCGUCGCCGACUUCCAAUCCGAGCUCUUCGAAAGCCAGGCCUCGGACGGCCGCCACCUACAGGACCUCCUCCCGGGCUUCAAAUGGGUCUUCCCGGCCGCCGGCUUGCGGCCCGCGGCGCGCUUCGGCUGCUGCGAAAUGUCGCAGUGGUUCGACAUCUGGUCCGUCGAGGAGCCGGAGCAGCGCGAGGAGAUGCAGAGGGCCGGCCUGGAGGAGAGCGUCGAGAAGGUGCUGCGGCUGCUGGAGCGCGAGGCGCGGCUCGUGCCGUACGAGAAGAUCGUCUUGGCUGGCAUCAGUCAGGGCUGCGCGACGGCGGUGCAGGCGCUGUUGCGGGGUGGACGCAGGUGCGGCGCGUUCGUCGGGUUUUGCGGGUGGUUCCCGUUGAGGGCGGAGACGCUGGCAGGUGCGAGGGGUGGGGUGGAAGGGGAGGGGGAGGGGAGAGCAAGGGGGAUGGGUGCGGCGGUAGAGACGCCGGUGCUACUGGAGCAUUGUACAAAGGAUGAUGUGGUGCCGGUGCGAAAUGGGGAGGUGAUGCGGGAUACUCUGAUGGAGCUGGGCAUGAAUGUUGAGUGGCACGCGUAUGAGGGGUAUGCCUAUGAGGAAGAGGGCCAUUGGGUGAAAGAGCCGCAAGGGAUUGAUGAUCUCGUUGCUUUUCUGAAAAGGGUAUGCUGA